CGCGCUAGCGUCUACGUCACGCGGGGAGUGCGCUACCCUUCUUGCGCGUCCAGCACCACUUCCGGGCACAGUCGCGGCGUGACGUCAGGAGGAGGGCAGAUUGGCCACGUUGAGGGUGAGGACCAGUAGGCAGCUCCCAAAAUGGGUGAAAGGAAAGGUGUAAACAAGUACUACCCUCCGGAUUUCAACCCUGAAAAGCAUGGCUCUCUCAACCGAUACCACAACAGCCACCCGCUCCGGGAGCGGGCUCGGAAGCUGUCCCAGGGCAUCCUCAUCAUCAGAUUUGAGAUGCCAUAUAACAUCUGGUGUGAUGGCUGCAAGAACCACAUUGGCAUGGGGUCAUCUCCAUCAGGGACUCCGAAUCAGGAGUCUGGGAGGAGGUGGCAUCCAAGUGACUGGCGGGCCGCGGAUGCCUCAUUGCAGAGCGGUGUUCGUUACAACGCAGAAAAGAAGAAGGUUGGCAAUUACUACACGACCCCGAUCUACAGAUUCCGGAUGAAAUGCCACCUCUGCAUCAACUACAUCGAGAUGCAGACAGACCCUGCCAACUGUGACUAUGUGAUCGUGAGUGGUGCCCAGCGCAAGGAGGAGCGCUGGGACAUGGCGGACAAUGAGCAGGUGCUGACGACAGAGCAUGAGAAGAAGCAGAAGCUGGAGACAGACGCCAUGUUCCGUCUGGAGCACGGGGAGGCCGACCGAAGCACACUCAAGAAGGCCCUGCCCACCCUGAGCCACAUCCAGGAGGCACAGAGCGCCUGGAAGGACGACUUUGCCCUCAACAGCAUGCUGCGGAAAAGGUUCCGGGAGAAGAAAAAAGCCCUGCAGGAGGAGGAGGAGAGGGACCAGGCUCUGCAGGCCAAGGCGAGCCUGGCCAUCCCCCUGGUGCCUGAGACAGAGGACGACCGCAGGCUGGCCGCCUUGCUCAAGUUCCAUACGCUGGACUCCUAUGAGGACAAGCAGAAACUCAAGCGGACAGAGAUCAUCAGCCGCUCCUGGUUCCCCUCAACCUCGGGGCCCAGCAACUGCAGCAAAGCUGGCAGCGUCCUGAAGAAGCUGGCCCAGAACCGCAAAUCUGCACCUGCGGGCUCCCCCAUCACCGUGGGGGGCCUGGGUAUUGUUCGAAGGCAGUCCCGGGAGACCUCAGAGAGCCCACAGCAUGCUGCUGAGACCUCCACGUCUGGGAAGCUACAGGUGUCAGAGGGCACCACCCAGGACAUGCCCACAUCCCCCCAAGACUGCUCUCAGGAGACAGCCAAGACCCCCAAGACAAAGGAACCUCAAGGGCAGACUGGGGGCUGUCAGGACAGGCCCCGGUCCUCAUCAGGCUCCUCCCAGGAGGCAGCCGAUCCCCAGGACACGCCACACCCCUACACCCUCAACUCUUCCCUUGUGGCUGACUACUCAGACUCGGAGAGUGAGUGAUUACGGGACUGGACCACCAGCCCUCCAAGACCUCAGACAUCACCCCUUCCUCAGACCUCGCCUUCCCGAGGGAUGGAAUUAUUUAUUUGAUCCUGAAGAGGGGGAGCGGGUGUGUGUGCCGUGUAGGACAUUCCCCUUCCCCCCAAGACUUAUUAAAGCCCUGCUUCUUUG